ACUGACUGGCAGAGCCUGUCUAAGAAAAUACCCAGGAACACUAUACCGCUUCUUAUAGUCCAUUUGCUUUCUGGCACUGAGCUUUCAUUUAGCUUCCUACACUUGAGGGGCUGGGAAAAAUACGAGCUGGCUGAGAGUCACAACAUCACUGAGACUCUGGCUGUUAGUUGCCCUGAACUUAGAAGCAGCAGGAGGAAGAAAGAGGUGGAGAAGGAGGGCUUCACCUAUACAAAUAAUUAAGCCCAUUCUGACAUAACAAGCCUUGGUGGUAGAGGGCUGGAUCAGGAUGAAGAGCAGCCUGCACAGUGCCCCUGGCUCCAGCCACCGCUGCUCUCAUUUAUAAAGCAGUCACUACGCACUUCUUUAUACGAAGCAUGGCUAAAACACUUGCAGGCUUCACAGGAGAGCAGAGCUGAAGCCAAAGGACAGAGCAUCCUAUGCAAAGAUUUUCUAUUUACAGUAUGCGUCUACAGUACACUGGCUUUUAGAUUCGUGUGACGAUGGAAAUACAUUAUACAGCAUAAGCUGGUCCUACUUCCAGCUGCUAGUAAUUGAAUGAACAGUGAGGAGGCCCAGACAAGGGAAAGACGUUGAAGAAACGACUGCUAUUUAAGAGACACCGCUACCUGUUGGACCCUUUUUGAACAAGUGCCAUUGUGCCAGGAAGAAGGGGUAGCUCACUGAACUCUGGAGGUGGGAAUGGCAGCUGGCAGCAUCACUACCCUCGCAACAGGGUCAGAUGAUGGGGGUAGCAAUCCAUUCCCCCCAGGAAACUUUAAGGACCCCAAAAGACUCUAUUGUAAGAAUGGGGGCUUCUUCCUAAGGAUCAAUUCAGAUGGGAAAGUGGAUGGAUCCCGAGAAAAGGGUGACUCGCAUAUUAAAUUGCAAUUUCAAGCAGAAGAAAGAGGUGUUGUUUCAAUCAAGGGAAUCGGUGCAAAUCGCUAUCUUGCCAUGAAGGAAGAUGGCAGGUUAAUAGCACUAAAAUUCAUAACUGACGAAUGUUUCUUCCUCGAGCGUCUAGAAGCAAACAACUACAACACUUACCGGUCUCGCAAAUACAGUGACUGGUAUGUGGCGCUGAAGAGAACUGGGCAGUACAAAAAUGGAUCCCAAACUGGGCCAGGACAGAAAGCUAUCCUAUUUCUUCCCAUGUCAGCAAAAAGCUGAUCUUGAUGAACAUUUGCAUUUAU